CAUCCCGGGCACCGAGCCGGGCUCCGCGCUCGCCAUGGGACCGAGCUGCUCCCUGCGGCUCCUGCUGCUGCUCCUGUGCCAGGGCCCCGGAGCCCUCUCGCUCCUGCGCUACCGCUACGAGUGCCGGGAGCAGCGCAUGCAGCUGGAGGUGCAGCCCGGGCGCGGGCGCAGCGCCCGCUUCAGGGUCCUGGAUGAGUUCGGGAGCCCCUUUGACGUCGCCAACUGCUCCAUCUGCCUCCACUGGCUCCACAGCAGGGCGGACGGUGCCAUCGUCUUCUCCUCUGGCUACGAGGGCUGCCACGUGCUGCUGAAGGAGGACCGCUACGUCCUGCGGGUGCAGCUGGAGGAGACGCUGCCCAACGGGGCCCUGCUCGGCUCCUAUGAGGUGAACAUGACCUGUCCUCAGCCCGCUGACGACGAGCAUCCCGCUGGGGGCCAUGGCAACGGCAUCCGCCAGAGCCAGGCCGGGGUCCCGGUCCCCCUGUCCCAGCCGGGCCUCCUGCACCAAGCAUCCCAAUCCUCCGUGAGCAUCCCGGGAUCCCGGCUCGCAUCCCAAGUGCGUCCGGAGCAGGGUCCCCCCCUGGCACGGGCAGAGCCCCAGGAGCAGCCGGGAAUGGGGCAUCCUGGGGGUCCGAGUCAAGUGGGUCGCCUCCGGCCUGGGCUUCAGAGCCAAACCCAGCCUGGUCUGGUGCAUGCCGGGGCUCCGAAGGAAGCAGGAGCUGGGGUUCAGAGCCAGAACCAGCCUGGAAUGGUGCUUCCUGGGGCUCAGCAUCAACAGGGUCGUCUUCAUCCAGUGAUUCAGACCCACAACCAGCCCGGGCUGAUGCAAUCUAUGGGUCAGAAUCAACCGGGUCGUCUUCAUCCAGUGAUUCAGACCCCCAACCAGCCCGGGCUGAUGCAAUCUAUGGGUCAGAAUCAACCGGGUCGUCUUCAUCCAGUGAUUCAGACCCACAACCAGCCCGGGCUGAUGCAAUCUAUGGGUCAGAAUCAACCGGGUCGUCUUCAUCCAGUGAUUCAGACCCACAACCAGCCCGGGCUGAUGCAAUCUAUGGGUCAGAAUCAACCGGGUCGUCUUCAUCCAGUGAUUCAGACCCACAACCAGCCCGGGCUGAUGCAAUCUAUAGGUCAGAAUCAACCGGGUAUUGUACAUCCUGGGGUCCAGACCCAAACCCAGCCUGGGCUGAUGCAUUCUAUGGGUCAGAAUCAACCAGGUCGUCUUCAUCCAGUGAUUCAGACCCCCAACCAGCCCGGGCUGAUGCAUUCUAUAGGUCAGAAUCAACCGGGUCAUGUCCGUCCUGCGGUUCAGACCCCCAACCAACCUGGGCUGAUGCAUUCUAUAGGUCAGAAUCAACCGGGUCAUGUCCGUCCUGCGGUUCAGACCCACAACCAACCUAGUCUGGUGCAUCCCAGGGCUCCAACUCAACCAGGACAUCUUCGUCCUGGGGUCCAGACCCAAACGCACCCGGUUCUGGUGCACCAAAGGGCUCAGACUCAAGCAGGAGCCCUUCGUGCGGGGCUUGCACCCCAGAACCAGCCCGGGUUGGUGCACGGCGCCGGUGCCUUCAUGCACUCUGGUGCUCAGCCCCACACGGGCUUCGGACGCCCGGGGGCUCAGCCCCCAAACCAGCUGGGUUUAACCCAUGCCAACCCUCAGCCCCACUCCCAAGGGAGCCGUGUCCAUCCCGGGCUCCAGAGCCAAGCCGGGCUGCUCCAUCCCAGCCAUUCCCGACCGGCUCUAACCCAUCCCAGCCUCCAAUCCCGGCCGGGUUUGAUCCGCCCUGGUCUCCAUGCUCAGCCCCAGCCGGGUCUGGGGUACCCAGGACUCCAGCCCCAAGCCCAGCCCGGUUUGAUGCGGCCUGGCCUUCAAUCCCAGCCCAGCCUGCUGCAAUCCACAGCCCUCUUCUACCCAUCAGCAGGGGCAGGCACCCCGCUGAGCCGGGAGCAGUGCCAAGUGGCCGUGGGGAGGAUGCCCUGCGUGGCACCGCAGGGCCGGGAUGCGUGUCUGCAGGCGGGAUGCUGCUACGACGACAUGGACCGGGCUGCGCCCUGUUACUAUGGCAACACCGCCACGGUGCAGUGCCUGCUGGACGCUCACUUCGUGCUGGUGGUGCCGCGGGGGCUCAGCACCCAGCCCUACAACCUGGACAGCGUGCGCCUGGCCAGCGGCCAGCCCGGCUGCGAGCCCCUCCGAGUCACCGAGGCCUUCGUCAUGUUUCGCUUCGCCGUCACCCAGUGCGGGACCACGGUGCAGGUGAUCGAGGACCGGCUCAUCUAUGAGAACCAGCUCAUCUCCACCAUCGAUGUCCAGGGGUCCCCCCGGGGCUCCAUCACACGGGACAGCAUCUACAUCCUCCAAGCCCGCUGCAUCUACAACGCCAGCGAGCUCCUGCCCCUCCGCAUGGAGGUUGCCAUCCCCACCACCGCGGCCCCCAUGGCCAUGCCGGGGCCGCUGGGGCUCCAGUUGCGCAUCGCCACUGAUGAGAGCUACAGCUCCUACCACCCCGCUGCUGACUUCCCCUUGGUGAAGGUGCUGCGGGACCCCAUCUACGUGGAGGUUCGGCUCCUGCAGAAGACAGACCCCAACUUGGUGCUGGUGCUGCACCACUGCUGGGCAUCCCCCAGCACCGAGCCCGCUGCCGAGCCCCAGUGGCCCAUCCUGGUGGAGGGGUGCCCCUUUGGAGGGGAUAACUACAGGACCCAGCUCGUGCCUGUUGGACCAGCGUCCCCACAGCUCCCCUUCCCCAGCCACUACCAGCGCUUCGUCAUCUCCACCUUCACCUUUGUGGAGCCCCCAUCCAUGGCAGUGCUGGAGGGAGAGGUGUUCAUCUCCUGCAGCGCCUCCGUCUGUCACCUGGCCCAGCCUGAGCCCUGCCGUCCCUCCUGCCACCUCGGGGUGCCCUCACGAGCACGGCGGGCAACGAGAGUCAGAACUGGAGCCAUGGGCACGGUCAGCUCCCAGGGCAGCAUCGCCUUCCCCAUGGUGGCCAAGCUGCAAGGAGGGGGCUGAAUUCCCUGCUCUUCCUCACCCUUCAUCCCUGCUCUUCCUCUUCCUCUCCUCCAGGCAGAUGUUGCUGCACCUCUGGGCGAGCUGCAUCAAAUAAAGCCCCUGGAGCACG